UGCAAAGGCUUGUGUGUGUUAUCUUUUCAUUCCUACACGGCACACAUUAUUCACGCCUAUUUUUGGACGCGUUUCCAAUCAAAUGCAGCAACAACAGCUCCUCUCAAAUAAGAGAAACUUUCGCGUGUUCCAUGCACUCAAAACUCAAUUUCACACAAACAAGUGUAUUAUUGUGAUUGGUAGGGCGGGCUUGAAAUAGAACGGGCUUGAAAUUAUUACACUCUCAAUCUUCCCUUCUCCAUCAACAUCACAGGCCAAAGGAGGAGGCCUAUUUCAUCAUCAAAAGUGAUUGAACGCCCAACUAUACUGAUCACAAUCACGAAUGAGCACACGUAGAAGUGUAAGAAGUGAUUCAUCUGCCUCUACAUUGACAAGAGAGCCAACAUCUCCAAUACCCUCGUCAGUAGAGGCAUUAACGUCAAUAGAUGAAAAGUGGACAGAAACACCGCAAACCAAGAUGAACGCUUCAUCUACGUCAUCAAACACUGCCACAAAAGUUAACGGUGAUUCAGUCACUUCAAACGGUGAUGCAAACGGCAAACAAUCAGGCGAACGACGUAGGAUGCCUGGCCGAGCACGUUCUGCUUCGUUUCAAAAGGGCGUAGCCGUACUACGUGCUUUGGCUAGAGCACCGGAAGACGAAAUCGAUGACAGUGGAUAUGAAGAUGAAGGAAGGGAAGGAAAUUUGGACAAUAUGCCUGGUCCAUCACUGACGAAUGGCAGUGUACCACAUUCUCCUGACGGAAACUGUCUAACAGAAGAAGCCAAGCAGACCGGAAGAGAAAAUCGAGAAGGUCUACGUAAACGAAAGGAUGACAAACAGGUUGCAAAAAUCGUUGGAGCUCAUCGAUCGAAUUCAGACGAAGUCAUCAAAAGAGAAAAGAAAAAGGCUAAAAGUUGGGAGAUUCCAAGAAAGGUCUUUCAUUCUAGUAUCGGAUUCGUUGUCCUUUACCUUUAUGUUUCCAAAACUGAUCUAACGAUCAUCGUUCGCAAUUUGGGCUAUUUCCUUGGCGUUGUCGUUACAGCGGAUGUGCUUCGACUCAAUAUACCUUCGUUCGAGUGGCUUUACGAAAAAGUACUAGGCUUUCUCAUGCGUGAGUCAGAAAAGCAAAAAGUCAAUGGAGUCGUUUGGUAUUUGGCUGGUGUUCUUUUCUGUUUGAGCUUUUUACCAGAAGAUAUCGCUUGCGUUUCAAUCAUGAUUCUCUCUUGGGCUGACACUGCAGCUUCAGUGUUUGGAAGAUUGUUUGGCAAAUACACUCCACCUUUGCCAUCUCCACCUUUUGCAACACGCAAGUCAUUGGCAGGCACAAUCGCUGCUGCUUCCGUUGCCUGCUUGACGGCUACUUUGUUCUGGGCAACACCAAUCGCACAAAUUGGACGAAGACGUUUACUGGCAAACGAAGGUAGCAACCCGAUCCCUCUUUCAUUGCUCUGCAUUGGAAGUGGUAUCGUCGGCGGUGUGGCCGAGGCUUUGGAGUUAGGAGGUGUGGAUGACAAUUUGAGCUUGCCUAUUCUCAGUGCUUUGGGUAUCAAAGCUGUCGUUUGGGCAUGGAACUACUUCUUCCCUUGAAUGAAUGCUUUUCUACAACUUAAUCUUGCUGUAAUCUCUCUAUUUCAUCUAUCUCAAUCUGUAGUAAUGCAUUUACGCAUCUUGUACUAUUUUCCGCCUAAUCGAUCAUGCAUUAAUCAGUGA